AUGGAUCUGCGAGGGCAGAGGUUCGAGAUAGACCUCUCUGAUGAUGAUGAUGAGCAGCCCAACGCCAGCUCGCAGAUCCCUCAAAAUGCUUUCCCAUCAAUAUCCUCUCCCUUUGUCGGGGAUGUCAAGGAACGCGAAAUCGCCGGCCCUCCGUCUGCACCCAAGAUGAAAAGCACACAUACCGGCUUCCCCGAGCACAAGAAGCGCACAAGAAUAUCGGCAUUCAAGCAGCAGAGAACUGGGUCUGCGAAGCCUGUGGUCGCAGAUACUGCAAAUACUUUUGCGUCGCGGCAGUCGCCGGCUAAUGCUUCUUCACUGACGCAGAACAAUUUCAGCAUGGAUGAAGAAAGGCGGCGCAUUGACGAAGAGAAUAGACAGAGGCUGGCCGCCAUGUCUGCAGAAGAGAUUGAAGAGGAGCGGAACGAACUUAUGGCUGGGCUGAAUCCCGUCUUACUCGAGAUGCUGCUCAAGCGAUCGAAUCUGGAUGAAGGCAGAGGCGACACAGGGAUCGAUCCUCCUGCAGCGAUAGUGGAGGAGCAAGAGAACUCCAAAGAGAACGAAGAUCCAACCAGGUUAGAAGACAGAUCACACAGAGAUAUAGAAAGUAUGCCAGCUCCCAAACCAGUAGGGAAACGGAUUGACCCAUCCAAAUCGGUGCGCUUCGAAGGAGACGACGACAGCGAACCUUCCCAGCCCGUGAACCUCCAACCUGCAUCGUCAGCUCCUAACGACCCCUUGCCCCCCCAUAUCCACCCGACAAUGCACUUCCCAAACGCCCCUUCCAUCCCAGAGCUCGAUCCCUCAGACCCCUCCUUCCUCGAAAACCUCCACGCAAAAUACUUCCCCGACCUCCCCGCUGAUCCCUCAAAACUCGCUUGGAUGGCACCCAUCCCCACACAUGGCUCUAUCGCAGACCAGGAAUCUCCUUACUAUCCUUCUAGUCAGGGUCUUUCCGCGUCAGCGCUCCGUUUCGAUUUCAGAGGCGGCUUGCUACCCCCUAGGAUUGCCAGGGCCGUGCCGGUAACGAAGGGUCUUCAUCAUCAUGGAGAAGCACCAGAGGCGGCGGGCUAUACGGUUCCUGAACUGGCGAGACUCGCGAGGUCUGCGUUUCCUGCACAGAGGUGUAUGGCAUUCCAGACGUUAGGGAGAUUAUUGUAUAGAUUGGGGCGAGGGGAGUGGGGAGGUCCGGACAGUGAGAUUACAAAAGGGCUGUGGCAAUGUGUUGAAGGGGGAAAGGUUAUGGAUACUUUGGAGGAAGCUGCUGGUGCCGAGGGUGGGCAUCAGGGUAGCAAGGCGUACGCUGUAGAGGCUAUUUGGUUGUGGCAGAAGGGCGGUGGGAAAGUGAUGAAGGCGUUUUAA